CGUCCUCCAUCAUCUCCAAUGAGACUUUCCAUCCUGAUCUUCUGUCUCUUCCAUGGGACUUGUUGGACAUCAGAUCAUUACUGUGUUUACCAACCAAGAACCGUCCAUGUGAAGGAAGGAGAUUCAGUCACCAUCCCGUGUACAUACACCUAUCCUGAGCGCUACGGAAGGGAGUCACAGAUUAUUAUAUAUUGGGGAGAACGAAAUGGGCCUUACUGCUCUGAUAGCAAGAAAUCCAUCACAGAUAAUUCUGGGAAUGUUGUAGAUGAGUAUAAAGAGCGGAUCUCUAGAGUAACCCAUCCUGAUCACCAGACAGAGUCUCUCAUAAUCCGAGGACUGAAAUUUACAGAUGGAGACACGAUCUGCUGUACAGCGACUAUAUAUACAACUGGUCAUAAUCCAUUCACCUGGUAUGAUACAUAUGGGACGUCUCUCACUUUUGAAGAUGGUAGAUCGGUGGCUCUGGUGGAGUAUUUGAUGGCCGUCCCAGGAGAAGAGAUGGUCAUCCCCUGUCACUACUCACAGGAAACCCUGGGGGAAGCCAAACAAGUCACAUGGUAUAGUGGAAUUCAUGAACGAUGUAUGUAUAAUAAGAAAAAGAUUUACAGCUGGGACCCCACACACCCAGGAGAUGAAUAUCCAUAUUCACUGGUGAACCCUCCUGAAGACGUCACUCUACGUAUACACAGUGUACAGGGUGAUGAAUCCCGCCAUUAUUGUUGUCAUGUGAUCACCCGUAAUGGAACAAUACAAAGCAAAUACAGCACAGAACUGAUCAUCACAGGUCCCCAAUCCGCCUCCGUGCCCUUCAAUGUUACCCAGCCAUAUAACAUCACAGGACAUAGAGGAGAGUCUGUGACACUAAGCUGCUCCUACACAUCAUACAUGGAGAGGGAUGUCCUGGGGGUCACUAUUUACUGGAGAUUGGGCAACCUAAGCGGACCUUAUGUCUACCACCCCUACAAAGAGAUGGUUCAUCCCGGUUAUAGAGGAAGAACGGGAAUACAAGGAGCAGCAGAUCUCCACAUACAGGGGGUGAAGAUGUCAGAUGACUCCAUGUAUUACUGCUUUGUGAUCAUCACAUUGUGUAAUGGAACUACUGAAUAUGGAAAACAAAUCCAAUAUGGAGAAGGGACCCGACUGAUUGUGACAGAACCUCCCUUUGAUUUUGUGAUGAUUGGUUCCAUCUCUGGUGCGGUCCUGUUAUUUCUCCUGUGUGUGAUCUUGGUAAUCAUAAAGACAUCAAGUGUCAUUUGCAAAAAGAAAAUUGUGUCUGAUAAUUUGAAAACCUCCAACAGUCCAGAAAAAGAACACAGAAAUGGAGCAGACGUCAAAAGGAUGGAGAACAAAAAUGAUGAAGAAAAUGAGAACAUUUUCUAUUCUGAAUUAAACAAAGCCAAACUGCAACAUAAAAGUCCAGCUCCAUACCAAGACAAAAAAGAAGAAAUUGUCUACUCUUCUGUCGUCAGUCAAGCGGCAUUUGAAUCAGAAAAAAGACCAUGCAGUGAGAACUCACCAAAGGAGAACAUUCUCUACUCUGAACUAAACAAAACCAAACUGCAACAAAGAAGUCCGGCUUCAAACCAAGACAAGAAAGAAGAAAUUGUCUAUGCAGCUGUCAUCAGUCAAGGUUCAAGAACAUAAGGAGAGAAAGAAAUGAGUCCUGCAAAAGAUAAUGGGAACGGCAUCUGGCACAGAUCGGCAAAAAGCAGAACAUUCUUAGCAAAGCCCAUAGGCGGAGGCUUGAUGCAGAGGGGGUGUGGAUUUACAUGAUGGGGACGUGGCCGCACAUCAAAUUUACUACAAUUUACACCUGAUAGCAGGCCUACAUUGUAGUAAAUAUCUACCCCAGCUCGGAGCUAGCAUAGAUUUCUGAGGCUGCUGCUCUAGUAGCUUCAGGUGCUCUUAGACUUGGCUCAUGCCACUUGAUAAGUCCAGUAUGAUACUACACUAAGGGGGUUCAAUUCAGACAACUAAAAUACCAUUCUUAAUAUAUUGCCCCUCCCCCCCCCCCCCCCCCCCCCGCCUGUGAUUUUUAUGUCACCAGAAUAUGGUGUACAUGAUUCCGCCCUUUACCGGGUCGCGCUGGCUGGGUAUUAUAGCUGAUACUACCUGCAAUGGCUGCAAUCAGAGAAGACUCAGAUUCCUGCUGUUUGACCACUUAGAUGAUAGGAUCAAGCAUGUAAACCAUUUGGAGAACCCUUUAUUACCUGAUUACCUGACCUGAUGCUAUAAGGAGGUGCAAAGCUGUUACCAUGGCUGCUAAGGGCCCACUGAAUGCCCCUAGGUCUGCCAUUUUACCUCUGCCACAGAUAGGAUGUAAUAGUAUGGAGGGGAUCACAAAAUACAUUGCACCGCAGAAGUAUUGUAUCUUACAAGUGAUUGUGCCCUGUAGAGGUCAAAUCCCACCGGAUAAAUGCAGUAAAAAACAAAACAAAACAACAAUGAUAAAGUUGAUGGUGUACUGGUGUACGUCCCCCGCCUCUCUCUAUCCACCUGUUUGUGUACCUGGUAAGCUGCAAUAAAGCUCCGUUGCCAUUGGUGAGUGCAGUCUUACUGCUUUGAUUUCGUAUCUUUCGGUCUGCACACGGGCUUUGCACCUCCUAUAUUGGCACUCAUACGGGGUUACACAUGCACUCCACCACAGCUCCAUACUACUGAAACCACAGCCUUAGUCCUGCUUGUGCGGGGUCAUUCCAUACGUUUGCUGCAUAAAGUUGAUCUGUCACAGAUCGGGGAGUGUAUUUAAGCCCUGCAUAUAUCACUUGUAAACCACUUGAAAAUGGCGGUGUGAGAUCGCCGAAACGUUGUCUUGUUCCUUGGAAUAAAAGCACUUU